ACCGCUCGACAAACUAGCUCAGCUCUCUUUGGGACAACAGGAGUGUUGACACGGCUGGAGAGGAAUUCCGUGAAAUGCGCUUGAUACAGUAAAUACUCGACUGUAUCUGUCGGGGAGGGAAUUCAACCAUCAUGAGUUAACUUCAUCACUGUAGUCGACAUAGUGAUGAUGAAAAUGGAUCUAUCAGCCGAGUUGUGUCUGUCUUUUGGACUGUUUAUUACGCUAUUUCUGGGAUGCAGGGGUGUUUGCCCGUCUGUUAACUGGGUUGAGAAGAACAACAUGUGCUAUCUGUUCCAAGCUACGGCAGUUUCUCUCCCUGAUGCAGAAGCGUCAUGCGCAGAAAGUGGCGCAAACAUUGCUUCAAUCAAAAACACUGAAGUAGCUUAUUUCGUCAAGUCGUUGUUCACAUCCAGCAGUGAUAUGAGGACGGUGUGGUCGCGCUACCUGCUGAUGAGAGGCGACGGGGACGCGUAUGUAACGACAAGACAACAGAACGUUUCAGACUGUACCGGAUGCAAUUCUCUAAAAUCCUCAUUCAUUGGACAAGGGAUGAAUGCAUCGUGCAUUGUGAUUGGUUCAAUAACUGCAUCUUCAGCUACGUGGAAUACAGCGGACUGUUCCGCAGUGCAUCAAGUGAUAUGUGAGAAAGCAUCAGUAUUCAGUAACCUGGCAAUUAAGGAUAUCGCCGCCAUAGCCUGUCUAGCGUUCCUCGUCGUAAGUUUCAUCAUUGUCAUCACCAUCGACCUCUUGAAGAACCCCGUGCCUGAAGACAGGAGGCGGAUCUUAGAGGACCGGAACCUGUAGACAGCGCAUGCUGGGAGAACCCCGUGCCUGAAGACAGGAGGCGAAUUUUAGAGGGCCGGACCUGUAGACAGUGCAUGCUGGAGAACCCCGUGCCUGAAGACAGGAGGCGUAUCUUAGAGGACCGGAACCUGUAGACAGUGCAUGCUGGGAGAACCCCGUGCCUGAAGACAGGAGGCGGAUCUUAGAGGACCGGAACCUGUAGACAGUGCAUGCUGGGAGAACCCCGUGCCUGAAGACAGGAGGCGGAUCUUAGAGGACCGGAACCUGUAGACAGUGCAUGCUGGGAGAACCCCGUGCCUGAAGACAGGAGGCGGAUCUUAGAGGACCGGAACCUGUAGACAGUGCAUGCUGGGAGAACCCCGUGCCUGAAGACAGGAGGCGGAUCUUAGAGGACCGGAACCUGUAGACAGUGCAUGCUGGGAGAACCCCGUGCCUGAAGACAGGAGGCGGAUCUUAGAGGACCGGAACCUGUAGACAGUGCAUGCUGGCAGAACCCCGUGCCUGAAGACAGGAGGCGGAUCUUAGAGGACCGGAACCUGUAGACAGCGCAUGCUGGGAGAACCCCGUGCCUGAAGACAGGAGGCGGAUCUUAGCGGACCGGAACCUGUAGACAGUGCAUGCUGGGAGAACCCCGUGCCUGAAGACAGGAGGCGGAUCUUAGCGGACCGGUACCUGUAGACAGUGCAUGCUGGGAGAACCCCGUGCCUGAAGACAGGUGGCGGAUCUCAGAGGAAAACUUCCUUACAUCGUGACAUCAGUCAUUACUUGAAGUCAUCAUAAAAUCCCUGAUUGUGGCAGUGGAGCAUUGCUAAUUUUUAGUUUUGUCGAACGAUUAUUAACACAUUUCUGAGAUGCAAUGUAAACCGGAGACUAAGACUGUGAUAUAUGUUAGACAUUUACGUUUGUGUAUAGGAAUUACUCGGGCAUGUUCGAGACAAGAAGUUUUAUCCGAAGUCUCCUCCUGAUAGGUCGCUUCCAAGUGGAAGUUAUGCAUAUCUUCACUGAAAAAAAACUAGGGAUCAUGAAUAUUUUGGGGGAUAUUUUUUGUAGUAAGGACUGGGCACACAAGCUCAUAGAAAACACCCACUAAAUAUUCAUGAUCCCAAAUUUGUUUGUGAAGCACGAAAGAGAACAGAAGAAGUCUUUCAUAGGGAGAUCUUUUGACAGUUUGGCGUGAACUGCCGAGUAACUUCGACACAUCCGGGCGUAAGAUAACGCAGAAGACAUGAAAGCAAUGGAUGAUCAAUGGAACACUAUCGAUACAUUGCAGAUGGUGCAGCGUUAUAUUCCUUGUUGAAGUUUCAGUGUUCGUGUUUGACGAUAUUUGAUUGCCCGAUUGAAUGAAUGAGUGAUUGAUUGAAUGAUGUUUAAGGAGUAAUCCUAACUCUAAUCAAGCUACAUUCCUUGUAGGUUACAUUCGGCAACCAUUUUGUCCACCGUAUCCUCAAUCCUCAGCUGUUUGUGAUUGUGUAUUGUGUGCAUUAUGUUAUUCGUUUUAUACACUUUGCAUUGUACUUG